AUGGUCGUUUCUCACGUCGUUAUCCUUUCAUUCAAGCCCGACAUCAGUGAUGCUGAUAAGGAGAAGGCAUUAGAGAGCUUGCGUGAAAUCAAAGACAAGGCUCUCCAUCCUACAACGGGAAAGCCGUUGGUCAAGAAUUUGACUGGCGGGAAGAACAAUUCGCCCAAAAAUUUCAAUAAAGGUUAUCAAUACGCCUUUACCUGGGAGUUCGAUAGCCCCGAAGACCGCGACUACUACACCUUCAAGGAUCCAUACCAUGCGCUUAUUACCCCGUUGGUUAUUAGUGCGGUGGAAAAUGUAAUCGUGGUAGAUUACACGCCCGAUGUGUAUUGA